CCGUUGGCUGCUCAACGCGAAACCAAAAACACACACAAAAAAAGUUGGAGUGAAAGCGGCUAGAUAUCACGUGUACAAGAGAGCUCAAAAGGGCGACUUAAAUUGAACAAGCAGCAUGUACAAAAAAAGACAAUUUUAAUUGCCCAUGUAGGCGGUAAGAGAUAUCAACUAAGCAACGAUGAGAGGGCCGACCAACGAAAAGAGAGAACAAUUGUGUAUGAGAGGCGGUAGUAAUGCAGGUAAACUUCUGGAACAAGAGCACCGGUAUGCUCUAGUGAAAGAAGGGUCUGUGUAUACGAUGGAGGCGAGGGAGAAGGAGAAAAGGACUCAUGGGAAAAUAAGACUGGUGUUUAUGGUGUCUGCGUUGUCUGGGAUUCAACAGCAGCAAAAGGGCGUGCACAAAGUCUCUUAAUUGUGUGCUGAUCUCAGGGACUCUUCGAUAAAAAAGGAGAAGGAUGGUCCCAGGAACACCGACUGCUAAUGGACUGGCUGGUUAUAUGGUUUACACGAUGUACUCAUGUCCGCAUCGGUGCCGU